ACCAUAACCACCACUUCUCUAGAAAUGAACUCCUUCGAUAACAACAACAGUAUAUUUAUCUGUGGGCAAUUUCAAUGCUGUGGUACAAAGAGUCGCCAAAUGGGCAUCUACGUUGCCGGCAUGCUGUUUGCUUUGGGAUGGUGGAUGUUCAUAGAUGGCCUAAGCUUUUCUUCUACUUUACCGGAUCGUAAAGCAUAUGCUGGUUUCGAGGAUUGGGCGCCUGGCAUCAUAACUACUUUCGGCAUGAUUAUAGUCUGCUUAAUCGAUAAAGAAGCUCUACGGGGUUCAACAUUUGAUGAUGGCAUUCCCUGGCGAGCCCGUUUCUUCCUUUUUGUGGGGUUUGCUCUGAUGGCAGGCGGAUUUGCUGGAUCUGUGAGCGUACUUGUGGUAAAGUAUGUAAUGCACGAUCUAGAGCUUAUAGAUUCCUACAUUGGUAUAGGCACCGUUGUUCAAUGUGGGUUAAUUAUGCUCAGCACGGCAGUUUUGUGGAUCGCACAAGAUGCGAAUAUGGAUAAUGAGCUCCGUAUCUCUUAAGGCUAUAAGAGUGAAGGUGUUAAUGGUUCUUUAUAUAUUUUAUUUCCUUGUGGUCAAUAUUCUUUCUUUCACCAAGAAUGUAUAUAUGAAUCGAUUCCCCAUCAAUGAAUUUUUAUGACCAAUAAUGUGCAUGAAAUCUACUGUGUAUUAGGCUCGCUAGUUCUUGUUCCUGUGGUGUAGUUAAUAUUAAUUUGUAAGAGUGUAUAUCCACUAUGCUUCAUGGCUAUAUUGAGGAAAGCAAUGGAACAAAACAACAGGAUGUUUUACUUAUAUAGUUUAAAGCAUACUAAUAAAU